AUGAGGUUCUUUCAUACCUCUACGGUGACUAGGAGAAAAAGAAAUUCCAUAGUCAUGCUCAAAGAUGACAGGGGAGAAUGGAUUAAUAAUGAGAAAAUGAUUGAAAAUCAUAUAGUCAACCAUUUCAAUAGUUUGUUUAAUUCUUCUUCCUCUACUGUUUGUGAUACUGAGCUGUCUAAUCUUUUUGCUCCUGUCAUAUCUACUGAUGAGAAUCUAGAUCUUUGCAAGGAGGUCAGUGAGAAUAAAAUUAUUAGUGCUGUGAAGCAGCUAGGAGCUCUCAAAGCUCCUGGCCCGGAUGGUCUCCAAGGUAUUUUCUAUACCAAGUACUGGAAUCAUGUUGGUCCUAGUGUUAUCGAUCUUAUUAAGAGUUUCUUUCAUAGUGGUGUCUUAGAUGAUAGGCUCAAUAAAACUUUUAUUGCCUUAAUUCCUAAGACUAAUAACCCCACUACUAUUAAAGAGUAUAGACCUAUAAGUCUAUGCAAUUUUAGCAUGAAAAUCAUCACUAAGAUCAUAACUAAUAGGCUUAGACCUUUACUGAAUAAGAUAGUGUCUUAUAACCAAUAUGCUUUCAUUCUGGGCCGAUCACUCUUUGAUACUGCUAUUAUGUGUAUGAGAUUAUUCAUUCUUUUAAAACCAAAAAAGGUUCUCAUAAAUGGUGCUCCUAGUUCUACUUUUAGACCUUCUAAUGGACUAAGACAAGGGGAACCUUUAUCCCCUUGCUUGUUUAUCAUGUGCCUUGAGUCCCUUACAGGAAUGAUUAAUGCUGGAAUUGCUAAUAAGUCUUUGUCUGGUUUUACAGUGGCCAGAGGAGCUCCUAUGGUUACUCACUCUUUAUUUGCUGAUGAUAAUAUUAUAUUUUUGAAGGCUAAUUAUAAAAAUGCUCUCAAUCUGAAGUACUUGAUUGAUAAGUUUUGUCUUUGGACUGGGCAGCAAAUUAAUAAGAGUAAGUCCACACUUCUUACUUCUGCAAAUUUGGGUAGGAGUUUCACUAAAGGAAUGGCUAAUGCUUUAGGAGUUCAAGUUGCUGCUAGCCCAGGUAAGUAUCUUGGUAUUCCUUUACAGUGGGGUAGAGUUAGUGAGAAAACUUACUUUGAUAUUGUUGAGAAGGCUAGUGAUUUAUGGAAUGCUAAUCAUACUAAAGGGGCUUCCGUUAGCUGGAGAAGCAUUAUGAAGGGUAGGAAUGCUGUUAGGGAAUGUCUCAGAUGGAAUGUAGGGGAUGGUACUAGUAUAGAUUUCUGGAGGGACCCUUGGGUUGACGACUUGCCUCUUGCUAAUAAAUUGCAGUCAGAUGAAGCCACUCUCCCUAGAGAAUCUGUCAGUAACUUCAUGAAUUCUAAUCACCAUAGUUGGGAUAUUAAUAGACUUCAGAAUAGUAUCCCUGAAAACAUUGUUAAUGAGGUGAUUGCUCUUCCUGUUUGCAAUCUGACUAACAAUGUUGAUACUCUGAUCUGGUCCGCUAGUAAAUCUGGUAUUACUGUCAAAGAUGCUUAUGUUUUCUUGAACAUGAAAUUUAAUGAAGAUAUCAUUGUCAAUAAGGACUGGAGAAAAGGAUUGUGUGACCAUCCUGGCUGUAAUCUUUGUAACAGUGACUUUGAAACUGUUUUUCAUCUUUUCUUUGGUUGUACUAAGGUGUGGCCAAUAUGGGAAAAAAUCAGAAGUUGGACCGGUGUGAAUCUUGAGUUUGAAUAUCUUUCUCCUAGUUUUGUUAGUAAGUUAUGUUGCUAUGAUAUUAGUAUCGGUAGACUACACUGGAAAGAUGUUUGUCCAUUCAUUUUGUGGAGUAUUUGGAUCCAUAGAAAUAAGCAGGUGUUUGAAAAUGUUAGAUUCAAUGCUAAAUGUGUUCUGGCAUCUGCUCUUAGGUCGGCUACUGAAUAUUUUCAGGCUAACUCAGCUUCUUCUACAGAUGGAAGGACUAUGGAGGAAAUUCAGAUUGCUUGGCAGGUUCCGAAUACCGGAUUUUACAAGAUUAAUACUGAUGGGUCUACUAAUGAUUGUGGCGAUGCAGGAAUUGGUGGAGUUAUCCGAGAUGGAGCUGGAGAUUUUGUUGUUUGUUUUUGCAAACACAUUCACAAGAACAACAACAAUGUCGCAAAGGUCUGGGCAAUCAGAGACGGACUUCGUCUGGCUAAUCAAUUGGGUCUUAACCUUGUGGAGGUGGAGAGUGAUUCGUGGUAUGCAAUCCAAUUGUGCAAAGGAGAAGUCAAACCUAACUUGGACACAUACAGACUUGUCCAAGACAUCAGCAUGCUCAAGAGUAAGUUUGUGCAACUAGCUACCAUUGGUAUUUAUAUCCAAAAAAAUUCUAAACGGUAUGAGAUUACAGCAGGAAUGGGAAACUCACCAGUGGGAAAAGAUGCAAUCCUGGAGCUCGACAACUCUGGAAAUCUAGUGCUUUCCGACGGGAAUAUCAUUGUCUGGUCAUCAAACACGUCAGAUUCCGGUGUGCAUACUGCAGAAAUGUCAGAUACCGGUAACUUUGUUCUGUACAACACAUAUCUUAGUCCUGUUUGGCAAAGCUUCUCACAUCCGACCAAUACACUUCUUCCAGGCCAGAACUUAACAGUCUCGUUAGAACUUGCUUCUUCGAUUUCUUUGCCUUCUUACGGUGGUUUCUACACACUUAAAAUGCUUCAAGAACGAACUUCGUUAAGCCUCGCUCUGAUGUAUAACUUACCGGAGUAUUUCAUUAUAAAUACUAGUAAUCUUAAGGCGUCUUCCAGACUACAUCUCCAACUCCAUCCAGAAACAGUAAACUCCAACUGCAUUUCCAUUUAA